AUGGAAGUGUUCAGUGGUCCAUCGCAGUUGGCUUUUGAUGAGUUUGGGAGGCCUUUCAUUAUCCUUAGAGACCAGGAAAAGAAAAAGCGUUUGACUGGUCUGCAGGCACAUAAAUCUCACAUUCUAGCAGCUAAAUCUGUCGCCAGUACUCUGAGAACUUCUCUCGGACCCAAGGGUCUGGACAAACUGCUUGUUAGUCCAGAUGGUGAUGUGACCGUCACAAAUGACGGCAGGACGAUUCUUGACAAGAUGGACGUGCAACACGAGAUCGCCAAACUGUUAGUGCAGCUGAGUCGGUCUCAGGAUGACGAAGUCGGCGAUGGUACUACCGGUGUUGUUGUCCUUGCUGGGGCUCUUUUGGAGCAGGCAGAGACUCUUUUGGAUCGCGGCAUUCACCCGAUUAGAAUUUCUGACGGCUUUGAACUUGCCGCUAAGGUCUGCGUGGGUGUCCUGGACGAGAUAAGCGAAGACUUCAAAUUUUCACUCGAUAAUCGUGAACCUCUUAUUAAAACUGCAAUGACUGCCCUUGGGUCGAAAAUUGUCAGCCGUUGCCAUCGUCACUUCGCCGAGAUGGCUGUUGAUGCCAUUCUCUCUGUCGCCGACAUUAAACGCAAAGACGUCGAUUUCGAGAUGAUUAAGGUGGAGGGCAAAGUUGGUGGUAGAUUAGAGGAUUCGAUUCUCGUCAAGGGAGUCAUUGUUGACAAGGACUUCUCACAUCCUCAAAUGCCCAAAAAGGUGACCGACGCCAAGCUUGCAAUACUUACCUGUCCAUUUGAACCUCCCAAACCGAAAACUAAGCACAAUCUCUUCGUUGAGAGCGUCGAGGAUUACCGCAAGUUGCGCCAGUAUGAACAGGAAAAAUUUGUUGAGAUGGUCGACAUGGUUAAGAAAACAGGCGCGAAUUUGGUGAUAUGUCAAUGGGGCUUUGACGACGAGGCCAAUCAUUUGCUUCUGAGUCGUCAGUUGCCAGCAGUUCGGUGGGUUGGUGGAGCCGAAAUUGAACUUAUUGCGAUUGCCACUGGCGGACGAAUUGUUCCACGCUUCGAGGAGCUAACCGCAGAGAAAUUGGGCCACGCUGGUGUUGUGCGGGAGUUAACCUUCGGGACCACCAAGGAUCGCAUGCUGGUGAUCGAAGACUGCAAGAACUCUAAAGCCGUCACCUGCUUCAUUCGGGGCUCUUCUAAAAUGAUUGUCGAAGAAGCCAAGCGCUCUCUCCAUGAUGCACUAUGCGUGGCGCGUAACCUUAUCCGCGACCCACGUGUCGUGGCUGGCGGUGGCGCCUGCGAAAUCGCCUGUUCAAUUCGCGUCGCCGAGGAGGCGGAGAAGAUCUCCACUAUUGAGCAAUACGCUAUGCGCGCGUUCGCUGACGCUUUAGAAUCCAUUCCAGUCGCUCUGUCUGAGAAUGCUGGUCUUCCAUCGAUCGAGACUGUGGCCUACGUGAAAGGUCGCCAGGUGCAGGAAAAGAACCCACACCUUGGUAUUGAUUGUCUGCAUACAGGCACUUGCGAUAUGAAAGAGCAAAAUGUCUUUGAGACUCUUACCUCCAAGCGUGCUCAAAUUAUGCUCGCAGUGCAGUUGUGUAAGAUGAUCUUGAAGAUUGACGAUAUUCGCACGUCUGCGGACGAAAUGUAA